AUGGAGAAAGUAAAGAAGAAGGAGUUGAAGAGCGGGGAAAAAAGGCGUGGGAGACCUCCAACACUCAUGAACUUGAAGUUCAAAGUGUCACAAGGAAAGGACACAUCAGAUGUUCAGAAGGGUGGUAAAGAAGAAAAAGAGAGUCUGAAAAAGAUCAAAAGGUCACCGUCCACUACGUUUCAGCAGGCAACUAAAAUCAAGAAGUUAAGAACUAGCAAGCUCUCCCCACUGAAAUCUAAAUUUAAACCUGGGGCAAAACUUCAGAUCGGGAGGAAGACCGUUCAGAUUGUGCGCAGGAGGGGUCGGCCGCCAUCCUCUGAACGUUUAAAGACUUCCUCGGGGUUAGUCGUAAACUCGCAGCUGGAGAAGCCCCAGAGGGUUCGCAAAGAAAAGGAUGGCACGCCGCCUCUUACGAAGGAGGAGAAGACUGCGGUCAGGCAGAGCCCGCGCAGGAUUAAGCCCGUUAGGAUCAUACCUUCCACCAAAAGGACAGAUGCCACAAUCGCAAAGCAACUCUUGCAGAGGGCUAAAAAAGGGGCACAAAAAAAGAUCGAGAAAGAAGCAGCCAAACUGCAAGGCAGGAAGGGGAGAACCCAGCUCAAAAAUAUCCGACAGUUCAUCAUGCCGGUUGUGAGUGCCAUCUCCUCACGGAUUAUUAAAACGCCCAAACGGUUCAUUGAGGACGAGGACUAUGAUCCUCCUAUCAAAAUAUCCAGACUCGAAUCCACACCCAACAGCAGGUUCAGCGCGACGUCGUGCGGCUCCAGCGAAAAGUCCAGCGCUGCCUCUCAGCAUUCGUCUCAGAUGUCUUCGGACUCCUCACGCUCCAGCAGCCCCAGUGUGGACACCUCGACGGACUCCCAGGCCUCCGAGGAGAUGCAGACGCUUUCUGAGGAGCGAAGCAACACUCCAGAAGUCCACGCGCCGCUGCCCGUUUCUCAGUCCCCUGACACCGAUAACGGUGACAGGAGAAACAGAAGGUUUUCGAUGACAGAAAGGAGCUUUGGCCAGAGGGCGGCCAAAAAGCUGUCGGCCUUACCCAGCGUGCCGCAGCAGCAGUCCUCCUCCUCUCCUCCUCCUCCCCUGCUCUCCCCUCCGCCACCGCUGCAGCCCGCUUCCAGCAUCUCAGACCAUACGCCUUGGCUGAUGCCUCCGACCAUCCCGCUGGCCUCGCCCUUCCUCCCUGCUUCUGCUGCGCCAAUGCAAGAGAAACGGAAGUCGAUCCUGCGGGAGCCGACGUUCCGGUGGACCUCCCUGAAGCAUUCCAGGUCGGAGCCGCAGUACUUCUCAUCAGCGAAAUAUGCCAAAGAGGGUCUCAUUCGCAAACCGAUAUUCGACAACUUCAGGCCCCCGCCGCUGACGCCAGAGGAUGUGGGCUUUGCGUCUGGCUUCUCGACGCCCGGCGCGACGGCCCCGGCACGUCUGUUUUCCCUUCACUCUGGAACGAGGUUUGAUAUGCACAAGAGAAGCCCUCUGCUGAGAGCACCUCGGUUCACGCCGAGCGAGGCCCACUCCAGGAUCUUCGAAUCCGUGACCCUGCCCUCGUCGGUCGGUCGUGCCUCCACGGGGACCUCUGCGGCGAGUGCCUCCUCCCGGAGGCGGAAGAGGAAGGUGUUCAGCCCCAUCCGCUCCGAACCCAGAUCUCCUUCGCACUCCAUGAGGACAAGAAGCGGGAGACUUAGCACCUCCGACCUGACGACUCUCACCCCACCAUCUUCUGUCUCUUCCUCACUGACUAGCAUUUCUGUUAGUUCUCUUGCCACUAGUGCCUUAAACUCAACUUUCACUUUUCCUUCCCAUUCCCUAACGCAGUCCGGAGAAUCAGCAGAAAGAAGCCAGAGGCCGAGGAAGCAGACUAGCACUCCGGCCGAGCCUUUCUCGUCCAGCAGCCCGACUCCUCUCUUCCCCUGGUUCACAUCAAGUCCCCAGACGGAGAGGGGCCGAAACAAGGACAGGGCGGUGGAGGAGCUCUCCAAAGACAAAGACGCUGACAAAAGCCUGGAGAAGGACAAGAGCAGAGAGAAAGACAGAGAGAGAGAGAAGGAAAACAAGCGGGAGUCGAGGAAAGAGAAAAGGAGGAAAGGGUCAGAAAUCCAGAGUAGCUCAGCUUUGUUUCCUGUAGGUAAAAUGUCCAAAGACAAAGUUGCCGGUGAAGAGGUCGCGGCAUCAUCAUCUGCCAAAAAGGCUGCCGGGCGGAAGAAGUCUGCGGUAGCAGAUCCCGCAGCAAAUGUUUCCACUGCUGCCCUGGUGGAGUCGGCAGCCGUCAAAACCAAAACGUCCAAGAAAGGGAGAGGGGGGUCAGACAAAUCCGAGCUGGACCUCAGCCCCGCUGUGCCGUCUUUGGAGAAGGAAAAAGCCCUGCGUCUUUCUGCUCCUUCGUCAAGCGCUGUUAAGCAUUCCGCUUCCUCCAUCAGCUCCAUGUUGGCUCAAGCAGACAAACUGCCGAUGACUGACAAGAGGGUGGCCAGUCUUCUGAAAAAGGCAAAAGCCCAGCUGUACAAGAUUGAGAAGAGCAAGUCCCUCAAACAAGCAGAUCAGCCAAAAGCACAGGGACAAGAGAGCGAUUCAUCGGAAACGUCCGUGCGAGGACCGCGAAUAAAACACGUUUGCAGGAGAGCAGCUGUCGCGCUGGGCCGCAAGCGAGCAGUAUUUCCUGAUGACAUGCCCACUCUGAGUGCCUUACCGUGGGAAGAAAAAAUACUGUCUUCCAUGGGGAACGAUGAUAAGUCCUCAAUAGCUGGCUCAGAAGAGGCCGAACCUCUUGCCCCACCAAUCAAGCCAAUUAAGCCGGUGACCAGAAACAAGGCACAGCAAGAACCUCCGGUGAAGAAGGGCCGACGCUCCAGGCGCUGUGGGCAGUGCUCGGGCUGCCAGGUUCCCGAGGACUGCGGCGUCUGCACUAACUGUCUGGACAAACCCAAGUUCGGUGGGCGCAAUAUAAAGAAGCAGUGCUGCAAAAUGAGGAAAUGUCAGAAUCUGCAGUGGAUGCCUUCAAAAGCGUAUCUCCAGAAGCAGGCGAAAGCUGCAAAAAAGAAAGAGAAGAAGUCGAAGGCAAACGAAAAGAAAGAAAGCCAUUCUGGAAAGAACCAGUUGGACUCUGGGCAGAAACAAACUCCUCAGAGUGUCGUCUCGAGGGAAGAAAACGCCAUAAAGAAGAGCAGCGAGCCUGCCCGUAAGCCUGUCGAGGAAAAGCACGAGGAUGGGAGUUCCUCCAUUCCGGUGCCAGAGCCCAAACAGGUCCCUGCAUCUGGUACCAGAAAGACGGGCAAGCAGGCAUUGCAGCCAGCACAGCUCCCUCCUCCUCCUCAGCCACCGAGCUCAGGACCCUUGAAAAAAGAAGCACCGAAACCUCUCGCCUCUGAGCCUAAGAAAAAACAGACCCCCCAGCCCGACAUAGGCACAGAACAAAGCAAACAGAAAAAAAUUGCUCCCCGUCCAACUUUCCCUGUGAAACAGAAACCAAAAGAAAAGGAAAAGCCCCCUCCUGUAAGCAAGCCCGAGAGCAGCACGCUGAAUUUGCUCAACACCCUGACUAACGGAAGCGGUUCCAAGCAAAAGCCACCUACGGAUGGAGUCCACAGAAUCCGAGUGGAUUUCAAGGAGGACUGUGAAGUGGAGAAUGUUUGGGAGAUGGGUGGGUUAGGCAUCGUCACCUCGGUACCUAUUACUCCCAGGGUGGUCUGUUUUCUCUGUGCCAGCAGUGGACACGUGGAGUUCGUGUACUGCCAGGUCUGCUGCGAGCCCUUCCACAAGUUCUGCUUAGAGGAGAGCGAGCGGCCCCUGGAGGAGCAGCUGGAGAACUGGUGCUGCCGUCGCUGCAAGUUCUGCCCCGUCUGUGGGAGACAGCACCAGGCCACCAAGCAGCUGCUGGAGUGUAACAAGUGCCGAAACAGCUAUCACCCCGAGUGCCUGGGCCCAAACUACCCAACAAAACCUACCAAGAAAAAGAAAGUUUGGAUAUGUACCAAAUGUGUUCGCUGCAAGAGCUGCGGGUCAACAACCCCAGGCAAAGGGUGGGAUGCACAGUGGUCUCACGACUUCUCGCUGUGUCACGAUUGUGCCAAACUCUUCGCUAAAGGGAAUUUUUGUCCUCUCUGUGACAAAUGCUAUGACGACGACGACUACGAGAGCAAGAUGAUGCAGUGCGGGAAAUGCGACCGCUGGGUCCACUCCAAAUGUGAAAACCUUUCUGAUGAAAUGUAUGAGAUCCUCUCUAACUUGCCUGAGAGUGUGGCGUACACCUGCAUUAACUGCACGGAGCAGCAUCCCGCGGAGUGGCGUCUGGCACUGGAGAAGGAGCUGCAGGUUUCCUUAAAGCAGGUUUUAACAGCCCUGUUGAACUCUAGAACGACUAGCCACUUGCUGCGCUAUCGACAGGCAGCAAAACCGCCUGAUUUAAAUCCCGAGACGGAAGAGAGCAUCCCGUCCAGAAGCUCUCCCGAAGGUCCCGACCCGCCUGUCCUGACUGAAGUCAGUAAGCAGGAGGAGCAGCAGCCUCUGGAUCUGGAGGGAGUGAAAAGAAAAAUGGACCAAGGAAGUUACACUUCUGUGCUGGAUUUUAGUGACGAUAUCGUGAAGAUAAUUCAAGCAGCCAUUAAUUCCGAUGGAGGGCAGCCAGAAGUUAAGAAAGCCAACAGCAUGGUCAAGUCCUUCUUCAUUCGGCAAAUGGAGCGUGUUUUUCCAUGGUUCAGUGUAAAAAAGUCCAGAUUUUGGGAGCCAAAUAAAGUAACAAGCAACAGUGGUAUGUUGCCGAACGCGGUGCUGCCCCCUUCGCUUGACCAUAAUUAUGCUCAGUGGCAGGAGCGUGAAGAGAACAACCGCACCGAACAGCCCCCUCUGAUGAAGAAAAUCAUUCCAGCUCCAAAACCCAAAGGGCCUGGAGAGCCAGAUUCACCAACUCCUCUACAUCCUCCUACACCACCCAUCUCUAGCUCUGACAGAAGCAGAGAGGAUAGUCCCGAACUUAACCCACCUCCGGACGUAGAAGACAACAGACAGUGCGCCUUGUGCCUGAAAUAUGGUGACGACAGUGCUAACGAUGCUGGACGUCUUCUCUACAUUGGCCAGAACGAGUGGACACAUGUGAACUGUGCUUUAUGGUCGGCAGAAGUGUUUGAAGAUGAUGAUGGUUCUCUGAAAAACGUGCACAUGGCUGUCAUCAGGGGAAAGCAGCUGAGAUGUGAGUUCUGCCAGAAGUCAGGCGCCACAGUAGGCUGCUGCCUCACGUCCUGCACAAGCAACUACCACUUCAUGUGCUCGCGAGCCAAGAACUGUGUCUUUCUGGACGAUAAGAAAGUUUACUGCCAGAGGCAUCGUGACUUGAUCAAAGGAGAGGUGGUUCCUGAGAACGGAUUUGAAGUUCUUAGGAGGGUUUUUGUGGACUUUGAAGGAAUCAGUUUGAGAAGAAAAUUUCUCAGUGGCUUGGAACCCGAGAACAUCCACAUGAUGAUUGGUUCAAUGACAAUAGACUGUUUAGGAAUUCUGAAUGACCUCUCGGACUGUGAAGAUAAGUUGUUUCCCAUUGGCUAUCAGUGCUCCAGGGUGUACUGGAGCACGACAGAUGCCAGGAAGCGCUGUGUGUACACCUGCAAGAUCAUGGAGUGCCGGCCUCCAGUCAUAGAACCUGACAUCAACAGCACCGUAGAGCACGAUGAUAACAGAACCAUUGCCCACAGCCCCGUUCCCCUUACAGAAGCUCUGCCCAAAGACAGCCGAAACACACCUGAAAUCGUAAACCCACCGUCACCGGAUCGUCCCUUACAUUCUCAGACCUCUAGUUCCUGUUACUACCCAGUGGUCUCAAAGGGUCCCCGCAUCAGGACGCCAAGUUACCCAUCCACACAGAGGUCUCCCGGCUCUAGGCCGUUGCCCUCUGCAGGGAGUCCUACCCCGGUGACUCAUGAAAUAGUGACAGUAGGAGACCCUCUGCUGUCCUCUGGACUGAAGAGCAUUGGUUCUAGGAGACAUAGCACCUCCUCUUUGUCACAGCAGCAGUCGAAACUCCGGAUGAUUUCCACUACACGAGCCGGGAACGCUUACUCCAGGCACAGCAUGUCUUCAGUUUCCAGCAUGGGGUCCUCUUCAGAACACGAACCAAGCACCAAAAUUACCGACCGCUUUGUGGGGUCGGGGUCUGCAGGGGCUCCGAGCGCUCCGGUUCAGAGUUGCUCUGCCAGUUCGGGCUCCCAGAAGACAGCAGCUACUAGUGGCGGUAAAACUUACCAGCUGGAUGCUUCUCAGUCCACGGAAGGAAAGCACGCCGGCAGUGCAGAGUUGAUAGCCAAAGGGGUGGCUUCUAAAGGAGAGAAGACGAAAACGCUGACCUCCAUGGACCCAGAUUAUUCAGCUCACAGCUUUGCUUCUGGAGGAAGCUCCAAAACGCAGCCAACCAGUUCAUCAGGUGUGGAAAUGAAUGUUAAAAUAGGAACCUUUCAAGAAUGUUCAGGAUCAUUUUCUUCCAAAGAAGCAAUGUCCUUUCCACCUUUGCAUCAGAGAGGCACAAGGAAAGACAGAGAUCAGCACGUGGAACCUGUGCAGCCAGAGAAAAUGUCUGCGCUGGAUGAGAUGGAAGCCAAGACCUCGAAGUCUGCUGGAGUAAAUAGCAGGUCUCCUGCUGCAAGCGAGCAGGUAGUGUCUGUGCCUAGAGACAGGCGACAGAAGGGGAAAAAGUUAGCAAAAGAUAGUUCUAAAGAGAAACAUUCCCUGAAAGCUCUUACAGAUUCAAGUCAAGCCAUAGGCAGUGAUGAGGGAAACCCAAACCCAGAACUUGGUAAUCAGGGUUUGGCAACUGAGCAAGGGAAUAAUAUUCAUGCUGAAAAAGCUGGCGAGAAGUCUCCACCCUCACAAGGGCCCUCUAAAGGUUCGGCUGUGCAGAUUGAAGUGGCCUCUAAGGAAUCGCAGGCACCUAGAAAACGCACCGUCAAAGUCACUCUGACUCCUCUCAAGAUGGAAAGUGAAAACCCGGCGAAAAGCGCACAACAGGAGAGCGAUGCUGAGCUUCAGUCUGCAGGGGCAGAACUGGCCGCUUUGGCGGAGCCCUGCUCGACCUCGGAAGGCCCAGCAGAUCACCCCAUCGCUCAGGGAAGUCCCAAUGAAGUGCCGGCACAGGAAUCUCAAAACAACACGUACGAAAAUUUGCCCGUUCAGGACAACAACUUGAUGCUCCAGGACGGAAGCAAAGCUCAAGAAGAAGGCUCGUACAAGCGGAGGUACCCGCGGAGAAGCGCUAGGGCCAGAUCCAACAUGUUCUUCGGGCUGACUCCUCUGUACGGCGUAAGGUCUUACGGAGAGGAGGACAUUCCCUUCUACAGUAACUCGACAGGCAAGAAGCGAGGGAAGCGCUCUGCUGAAGGACAGGUGGAUGGCGCGGAUGACUUGAGCACAUCUGAUGAAGACGACUUAUACUACUACAACUUCACUAGAACGGUGGUUUCAUCGAAUGCGGAGGAGAGACUCGCGCCCCAUAAUCUGUUCCGGGAGGAGGAGCAGUGUGAUCUUCCAAAAAUCUCACAGCUGGACGGCGUGGAUGAUGGAACCGAAAGUGACACGAGCGUCACGGCCACGACAAGAAAAGUCAGUCAAGUAAGCAAAAGGAGCGGUAAAGAGAAUGGAACAGAGAACUUAAAGCUAGAUCGAGCAGAAGAAGCCGGAGAGAAAGUGCAAGUCACUAAGAGCUCUGCUGUCCAUAAAAGCGACCCAAAGAUGGAGAACUGCCACCCGGUGAGCAGGGUCAAAGCGCAAGGCCAGGAUUCGCUGGAAGCUCAGCUGAGCUCCUUGGAGACGGGCCGCAGGGCUCAUGCGAGCACACCUUCAGACAAGAACUUACUGGACACUUUUAACGCAGAGCUUCUGAAAUCCGACUCUGACAACAACAACAGUGACGAUUGCGGGAACAUCCUCCCCUCCGACAUCAUGGACUUCGUCCUGAAGAACACGCCGUCGAUGCAGGCGCUGGGGGAAAGCCCCGAGUCCUCGUCGUCGGAACUGCUCACGCUCGGAGAAGGUUUAGGGCUCGACAGCAACCGCGGCAAGGACAUGGGGUUGUUUGAGGUGUUCUCCCAGCAGCUGCCGACCACUGAGCCGGUGGAUAGCAGCGUCUCCUCCUCCAUAUCGGCGGAGGAGCAGUUCGAGCUGCCCCUGGAGCUCCCUUCCGAUCUGUCCGUGCUGACCACGCGCAGCCCGACGGUGCCCAGCCAGAACCACAACCGGCUCGCCGUCAUCUCAGAGUCUUCGCUCUCUUCCUCGGGAGAGAGGUCAAUGCUCGCCUUGCCUUCUGCGGAGUCUGGGGAAAAGAGAGUGACGGUCACUGAAAAAUCUGCCUCGGGGGAGGGUGACACUGCUCUCCUGAGCCCGGGAGUGGACCCGAGCCCCGAAGGACACAUGACUCCCGAUCACUUCAUCCAGGGCCACAUGGACGCGGAGCACAUAGCCAGCCCGCCUUGCGGCCCCGUCGAGCAAGGGCACGGCAGCAACCAGGACUUAACAAGGAACAGCGGCACUCCAGGUAUCCAGGUGCCGGUGUCCCCCACCGUUCCCCUCCAGAGCCAGAAGUACGUGCCAAACUCCACAGACAGCCCCGGCCCCUCGCAGAUCUCCAAUGCCGCGGUGCAGACGACGCCGCCCCACCUCAAACCGCCCGCCGAAAAGCUGCGGGUAGUGAAUCAAAACAUGCAGCCACUGUACGUGCUCCAAACCCUGCCCAACGGCGUCACUCAGAAGAUCCAGUUAACGCCUUCUGUCAGCUCUGCGCAGAGCGUGAUGGAGACCAGCGCUUCAGUGCUGGGGCCCAUGGGCAGUGGGCUCACACUGGCCACGGGAUUAAAUCCCAGCUUGCCCUCCUCUCAGUCGUUAUUCCCUCCCACGAGCAAGGGGCUGCUGCCCAUGUCCCACCACCAGCACAUACACCCCUUCCCCACGGCGACGCAGACCGGCUUCCCCCCCCACAACAGCAGGCCCCCCCCCACGCGAGCCCUGGGCAAGAAACGGCCCAUAUCUCGCCUGCAGUCGCGGAAGAAUAAGAAGCUGGCGCCCUCCGGAACCUCCUCUGCUAUAGCUCCUCCCGACAUGGUCUCCAACAUGACCCUGAUUAAUUUUGCUCCUUCCCAAAUUUCCAACCACCCGCUGGACUUGGGCACCAUCGCAAAUUCGACGUCCCACAGAACCGUCCCCAAUAUUAUCAAAAGGUCCAAGUCUGGGGUUAUGUAUUUUGAGCAGACGUCUUUGCUCCCACAAGGUGGGACUGCUGCUGCCGUCGGCACAUCUCCAAGCGUUAUCGGGCCAGAUGCUGGUCACCUCCCUGCAGGGCCCGUGCCAGGCCUGACGUCAAGCUCCUCUGUGCUGAACGUCGUAUCCAUGCAGGCCACGGCAGCCUCCACUACAAGUGGGUCCGUUCCCAGUCACGUUUUGGGGCAGAGUUCAGUGACGUUAACUAGCCCUGGGCUGUUGGGGGACCUGGGUUCCAUAAGCAACCUCCUGAUCAAAGCUAGUCAGCAGAGCCUCGGCCUUCAGGAGCAGCACAUGACUUUACCGCCAAGUUCCGGGAUGUUUUCGCAGCUGGGAGCAUCCCAAACUCCAUCAACGGCCGCAAUGACGGCCGCGUCAAGCAUAUGCGUGUUGCCUUCGGCACAGACAAUGGGCAUGACGGUUGCUCCAUCGUCCGCUGACCCGGAAGGCUCUUACCAGCUCCAGCACAUGACGCAGCUCCUCGCCAGCAAGACCACGGUCGCUUCCUCCCAGCUGGACCUUGGUGCGGCUUCGGCAACGACGCAGUUGUCCAAUUUCCCGCAGCUGGUCGAUGUUCCCAGUACUACUGGCCUCGAACAAAACAAGGCUUCCUCGUCAGUGAUGCACGCCAGCUCGGCAUCUCCCGGAGGCUCCCCGUCAUCCGGACAGCAAUCCGCCAGCAGCUCUGGGCUGGGUCCCGUGAAAGCCAAGCCGAAAAUCAAACGCAUCCAGCCGUUGUUGGACAAAGGGAACGGAAAGAAGCACAAAACCUCUCACUUGUGGACCGGUUCCUCUGAAGCACGUGUUCCCGACAGAGGGGCCAUCGCUGUCCCCCAGGUCAUGGCUACAGGGACUACGGCUACGAAGGCAGACGCGCAGGACGCAGUGAGCACAGAGCAGCCAUCGCAGAAACAACGUGGCCAGUCUGCAGGGCAAACGGCAGUCCUCCCAGAAUCUCAGUCAGCACAGAACUCAGCGAAUGAGCAAGAAAACACAGGCUCAAAAGCUCUUGAGGAGGAGGAGAGCACCUUCAGCUCUCCACUUAUGUUUUGGCUUCAGCAAGAGCAGAAAGAGAAGAAACCAAAGAAAGGUUUGGUUUUUGAGAUCUCUAGCGAUGAUGGUUUUCAAAUCUGCGCAGAAAGCAUCGAAGAUGCCUGGAAGUCACUGACGGACAAAGUUCAAGAAGCCCGCUCGAACGCCCGCCUGAAGCAGCUGUCCUUUGCAGGUGUGAACGGUUUGAGGAUGCUGGGGAUUAUCCACGACACGGUUGUGUUCCUGAUUGAGCAACUGUACGGAGCAAAGCACUGCCACAACUACAAGUUCCGAUUUCAUAAGCCAGAGGAGGCCAACGAACCUCCGCUGAAUCCACACGGCUCUGCCAGGGCUGAAGUCCACCUGAGGAAAUCUGCGUUUGAUAUGUUUAAUUUCUUGGCUUCCAAACACCGGCAGCCACCUGAAUACAACCCAAAUGACGAGGAGGAGGAAGAAGUACAGCUGAAAUCAGCCCGGAGGGCGACUAGUAUGGAUCUGCCGAUGCCCAUGCGCUUCCGACACUUGAAGAAGACUUCCAAGGAGGCAGUUGGUGUCUACAGGUCUCCCAUCCAUGGCCGGGGUCUGUUCUGCAAAAGGAACAUCGAUGCAGGUGAGAUGGUGAUCGAAUAUUCAGGCAAUGUCAUUCGCUCCAUCCUCACUGACAAACGAGAGAAAUACUACGACAGUAAGGGGAUCGGUUGCUACAUGUUCCGCAUUGACGGCUCCGAAGUGGUGGAUGCCACCAUGCACGGCAACGCGGCCCGCUUCAUCAAUCACUCCUGCGAGCCCAACUGCUACUCCCGGGUCAUCAACAUCGAUGGCCAGAAACACAUCGUCAUCUUCGCCAUGCGCAAGAUCUACCGGGGUGAAGAGCUCACCUACGACUACAAGUUCCCCAUCGAAGAUGCCAGCAACAAACUGCCCUGCAACUGCGGCGCCAAGAAGUGCAGGAAGUUUUUGAACUAGAACUUGGGUCGGCCACGAGCGAGCCCCGAAGAGCCCGGGGCAAACCAAAGCUUCGAGCGAGCCCCUCCC